AAAACUCUCUCUCUUUCUAUUUGUAUCUCUUUCUCUCUCUAUUUAUUCAUUUGUCUCCCUCUUUCUCUCUCUCAUCGUAUAUCCCCAUGCUUCAUUCUAUGCCCUAAUCGCUCAAUCUAAUGCUCUCUCUCCCCCUAGAGUCUCUAUCUCCAUGUAUUGAACUCCUUUUCGCGUUUUGAUUCUUCAAUAAGAUUGUGCAGAAGGGCUUUGAUGCUUUGCAGUGGCUAGACAGCUGUCCUGAAGCUUUGAUGGUGGAGCUUCUUUGUUGAUUAAUGAUAUGAUUCCAUCUUUUUUAGUCAUAAAUGUAAAACCUAGAAUCCAAAGAUGAAGGAAAAUGGUUCAAUGACUAGCAAAAUGAUCAACAGAAACUGGGUCCUGAAGCGCAAACGUAGAAAACUUCCGUGUGGACCUGAUCUAUCUAAUGGUAAGGAAGGCACUUCUAUAGCCUCAGAAUCUACAGGAAAUACUUCUUCAGCUAAGCGUCGGCUGAAAGGUGAAGCAAGUUCUGAUCGAUCCGCAUUGAAAAAGAAAGGAAAUGAUGGGUACUACUUUGAAUGCGUGAUCUGUGAUCUUGGUGGAAAUUUGCUGUGUUGUGACAGCUGUCCUCGAACCUAUCAUCUCCAGUGUCUCAAUCCACCUCUUAAGCGCAUUCCGAAUGGAAAGUGGCAAUGCCCAAAAUGCUGUCAGAAAAGUGAUUCGCUUGAGCCCAUGAGCCAUCUAGAUUCCAUCUCAAAACGAGCAAGGACAAAGAUUGUCUCUGCAAAAUCUAAAAGUGAAAUCAAGUCAUCGGGUACUGAAAAGGUAUCAAGGAUUUUUGGAAGCUCCAUUCUUGGAAAGAAAAGAUCUGCAGUGAAAGCGAAAUCUGCAAUAUCUCGCAAAGUCUGUUCCAUUGAAAAGAAACUUGAUUCAUCCCAAAUAGAUGUAUCCUCAAGCCCCAAGCCAAGUCAUCCAUCUGUUGGUGGUUCUAUAGAGGGUAGUUCAUCAUCUGUGUUUGUUGAUAAUGAAAAGAAACCUGAUUUGUCUCCAACAGGCACACCCACCGAUAGGAAGUCAAACUCUGCAGCUAAGGAAGUCUUGCCUUUAUCUAGGGAUACCGCUUUGGAGCCAAAUGAUGAAGCUUCUGGAAGGAAGCCUGAUUUAUCAUGUGAUAAUGGAACUUCUGGAAACAAACUUAUUCACGCAAUGGAUGCUGCCACCCGCAAAGCCAGAAAAAGAAAGCAUAAAGUUAAUAGUGAUGACAGUCAAAAGAAGUCUAGGACUGAUAAAGGAAAACAUGCUGCUAAUACUUCUAAAAAAAGUGGAUCCAAAGCAAAUUCUAUGAGCCCUGAGACUAGUAGAUCACAUCGAAAGCGUAGAACUGUGGAUAAGGGUGUUUCUGCAGGUCUAUCAAAGGAGGAUGUUGGAAUCAAGAGCUCAGAUGUCCAGAAAAAAGAUGAGAAGCUUCCUGUGGAAGGAACAAACCCAUCACAUGAUGUUGUUGAAGCAGGGGGUAACAUGGAUGAAACAGUGACAUGUGAAGAAAAUGUUACUGGUGAACUUCAACAGGUUGAUCGGGUUCUGGGAUGUCGAGUCCAAGGUGAUAAUACAAACUCUUCAUGUCACAUCUCUGUGACGGUCCCGACUGACCUGCCAUCUGAUAAUGUACUAAUUCCAGAAAAUCAAAACAGGUCACCCGAGGAAAUUCUUAGUGGUGAUGUAGAUUUAGAUGGAGAAACUGCUGAAAAACUUCACGAGGGUUGUCAGGGCAUGACCAACUGUUCUGAGGGGGAGAAAAACAUUAAAAAUGAUGUCAGAGUUGAUAAAAUAAAUGUAUACAGAAGGUCUGCUACCAAAGAAUGUAGAGAAGGGAAUGCCAUGAAUACAGAAAGGAGAUGUGCCAAGAGUUCUACAGCCAUUGAUGGUAAAGAUCAAGAUCAAUCUGCUGUAACUACCGAAAAUUUGAGGAAACAACCAACCGAAAAGAUGGUGAUAGAAGAUAGCACCAAUGUUACUUUAAGAAGUCAUGAGAAUGAUGAAAGCCCAAAAAUUUGUGAGACACCUGUCUCUCAUGAAAACAAGAACACAGAUGCAGAUACUGAAAUGAAAAUGGGUGGUGGUGCAGAAAAUACUGUUCAGGAUGCUACCUUGGCUGAAUCUGCAUCUUUUGAUGGAGAGAUGGUCUCAUAUGAAUUUUUAGUUAAGUGGGUGGGAAAGUCUCAUAUUCAUAACAGUUGGAUUUCUGAAUCCCAGCUGAAACUUCUGGCAAAGAGAAAACUUGAGAAUUACAAGGCAAAGUAUGGAAUGGCAGUGAUAAAUAUCUGUGAGGAACAGUGGAAGCAGCCUCAACGGGUGAUUGCUCUCCGUGCUUCAAAAGAUGGUACAACUGAAGCUUUUGUCAAAUGGAAUGGUCUCCCUUACGAUGAAUGCACUUGGGAAAGACUAGAUGAACCAGUGGUUGAAAAAUCUUCUCAUCUGAUUGAUGCAUAUAAUCAAUUUGAAAAGGAAACGUUGGAAAAAGAUGCUGCUAAGGAUGACUUGCCCAGGGGGAAGGGUGAUGGUCAUCAGAGCGACAUAGUUACUCUUGCAGAGCAACCCAAGGAGCUAAAAGGCGGUUCAUUAUUUCCCCAUCAGCUGGAAGCUCUGAAUUGGCUACGUAAAUGCUGGCACAAAUCCAAGAAUGUGAUACUUGCUGAUGAAAUGGGGCUUGGAAAAACAGUGUCUGCUUGUGCUUUUCUUUCAUCAUUAUAUUUCGAGUUUAAAGCCACAUUGCCUUGUUUAGUUUUGGUUCCUCUUUCCACCAUGCCCAACUGGCUUGCUGAGUUUUCAUUAUGGGCUCCUAAUUUAAAUGUUGUGGAGUAUCAUGGGUGUGCAAAAGCAAGAGCCAUAAUUCGCCAGCAUGAAUGGCAUGGCACUGAUCCAAAUGGGUCAAAUAAGAAAACGGCUUCCUAUAAAUUUAAUGUUCUUUUAACUACAUAUGAAAUGGUUCUUGCGGAUUCCUCUCAUCUGCGUGGUGUUCCUUGGGAAGUUCUUGUGGUUGAUGAGGGGCACCGUCUAAAGAACUCAGGAAGUAAACUUUUCAGCCUGCUCAAUUCAUUUUCUUUCCAACAUCGAGUACUGUUGACUGGUACACCUCUUCAGAACAACAUUGGUGAGAUGUAUAAUUUGUUAAAUUUCUUGCAGCCGGCUACAUUCCCUUCCCUAUCUUCUUUUGAGGAGAAGUUUAACGAUCUUACAACUGCGGAAAAAGUAGAGGAAUUGAAGAAACUUGUUGCUCCUCAUAUGCUUCGCAGACUUAAAAAGGAUGCCAUGCAAAAUAUUCCUCCUAAGACUGAACGAAUGGUCCCAGUUGAGUUGUCGUCCAUCCAAGCUGAAUACUACCGUGCAAUGUUAACAAAGAACUAUCAGCUUUUACGGAACAUGGGAAAAGGGGUUGCCCAGCAAUCAAUGCUCAAUAUUGUGAUGCAGUUAAGAAAGGUUUGCAAUCAUCCAUAUCUCAUACCUGGUACUGAGCCUGAUUCUGGGUCCGGAGAAUUCCUUCAUGAAAUGCGGAUAAAAGCUUCAGCCAAGCUGACUCUGCUGCAUUCCAUGCUUAAGGUGUUAUAUAAGGAAGGCCAUAGAGUCCUUAUAUUUUCACAAAUGACAAAACUUCUUGAUAUCCUUGAGGAUUAUUUGACUACUGAAUUUGGGCCCAGAACAUUCGAGAGGGUGGAUGGUUCUGUUUCUGUGGGUGAUCGUCAAGCUGCCAUUGCACGUUUUAACCAAGAUAAAACUCGGUUUGUCUUCCUUUUGUCAACACGCUCUUGUGGACUUGGGAUCAAUUUGGCAACUGCUGACACUGUCAUUAUUUAUGACUCUGAUUUCAACCCACACGCUGACAUCCAAGCAAUGAACCGGGCACAUCGAAUUGGACAAUCAAAUAGACUUUUGGUGUACAGGCUUGUUGUUCGUGCUAGUGUUGAAGAGCGUAUUUUGCAGCUUGCAAAGAAGAAACUGAUGCUUGAUCAACUUUUUGUGAACAAAUCUGGAUCUCAGAAGGAAGUUGAGGACAUCCUAAGGUGGGGAACAGAAGAACUUUUUAAUGAUUCUUCCAGUGUAACUGGGAAAGAUGCAGGUGAAAAUUCUUGCAACAAAGAUGAUGUAAUUCCAGACGUAGAACAUAAAAGUAAGAGAAAGGCUGGUGGCCUGGGGGAUGUCUACAAGGAUAAAUGUACAGAUGGAAGCACCAAGAUUGUAUGGGAUGAAAAUGCAAUUAUGAAAUUGCUUGACCGUACAAACCUACAGUCUUCAUCGCCUGCUGAGGCUGAUCUGGAGAAUGACAUGCUAGGCUCUGUAAAGUCACUGGAAUGGAAUGAUGAGCCAACAGAUGAACAGGGUGGAACAGAAUCACCUCCUGUUGUCACUGAUGAUGUUUCAGCACAAAAUUCUGAAAGAAAAGAGGAUAAUUUGGUUGGUACUGAAGAAAAUGAAUGGGACAAACUUCUGCGUAUAAGAUGGGAGAAAUAUCAAAGUGAGGAGGAAGCUGCUCUUGGUCGGGGGAAGCGACAGAGAAAAGCUGUUUCUUAUAGAGAGGCAUAUGCUCCACACCCAAGUGAAACAUUGAGUGAGAGUGGUGGUGAAGAGGACCGAGAACCUGAACCAGAGCCAGAGCGAGAAUAUACUCCAGCAGGGCGAGCUCUAAAAGCAAAAUUUGCUAAGCUCCGUGCUAGACAAAAGGAACGGCUGGCUCAGAGGAAUGCAAUAGAGAGAUCUUGCAAUGUUGAGGAACCUUCAGUAACUGAGCCACUCUUGCCAUUUCCUCCCAUCAAUGCCAAAGACAGGGAGCAAGUGACAAGAUUAGCUCAACCUGUGAGAGAAAAGGCUCCAGCAAUUGACUUGGAGGAUGGUAAAAUUGGUCAGCCAUUGGAUGCAAUGAAGGGCAAGGCUGACUCUAAUGUAAGGCUGGGCAGACAAUCAAGGCACAAGAGUCAUUUGGAUCUUUCGGCCAGAGCUCUUGGCCAUCCGUCUCCUGACAUCUUCCUACCAAGUCACCAUUAUCAGGGUACAAGCUAUCCUAACUUGGUGGCCAAUAACAACUUGUUACCAGUUCUGGGACUAUGUGCUCCCAAUGCUACUCAACUAGAAUCAUCGCACAAGAACUUUUCAAGAUCCAAUGGCAGACAAACCAGACAUGGGGUUGGACCAGAGUUCCCCUUCUGUUUAGCUCCUUGCUCCGGAACUUCUAUGGAGAUGGAUAUAAAAGGCCAUGAGAAUGCCUCAGACAAGCUAAGACUGCUAGAUGCAUCAACUGAUCUGCUGCAGCGAAAGAAUAACAAUCCAGAUAAUUGUUCUCCCUUUGGUCCGUCCCCUCCAGCUGCUCCACAAGAAAAAGGUUCUGAUCAUGUAGAAAGAUCAGGUGCUGGUUUCUCUGAUUUCCCAGAAAAGAUGGCAAUGGCCAACUUGCCUUUUGAUGAAAAGUUACUGCCUCGAUUCCCACUCCCAGCUAGAAGUAUGCCCAAUCCAUAUCCUGACUUCUUACCUAGCUUAUCCUUGGGGACCAGAGUUGAAGCUGCAAAUGACUCUGUGCAAGACCUUUCUACAAUGCCAUUGUUACCAAAAUUUAAAUUUCCUCCACAAGAUGCACCUAGAUAUAAUCAGCAAGAAAGGGAGGGACCUCCCACAUUGGGCUUGGGCCAGACGCCAGCCACAUUGUCAUCCUUUCCUGAAAACCAUAGGAAGGUCCUUGAAAACAUAAUGAUGAGGACUGGGUCUGGAUCAAUGAACUUGUUUAAAAAGAAAUCAAGAGUAGAAGGCUGGUCUGAAGAUGAGCUUGAUUUCCUCUGGAUUGGUGUUCGUAGGCAUGGCCGGGGUAAUUGGGAUGCUAUGCUUAGAGACCCAAGGUUAAAAUUUUCAAAGUAUAAAACUGCAGAUGAUUUGUCAGCAAGGUGGGAGGAGGAACAACUCAAGAUUUUAGAGGGACCAGCUUUGCCAAUGCCAAAAUCGAGCAAAUCUACAAAAGGUAAUAAAUCUUCAUUGUUUCCAAGCAUCUCUGAUGGAAUGAUGAUGCGAGCGUUACAUGGAAGUAGACUUGGUGCACCCAUGAAAUUUCAAAGCCACCUAACAGACAUGAAAUUGGGUUUUGGCGAUCUUGCAUCCGGUUUACCACAUUUUGAUCCAUCUCAUCGACUUGGUUUGCAAAAUGACCAUUUUUCACCUAUUCCACAUUGGAAUUCUGACAAAUUCCCAACAAAUUUUGUUAGAGAUUCUUCAGCUGGACCCUCUGAUAGACCAGGAACUUCUUCAAACAUACACAUGGAGCAGCCAUUUCUGCUCAAUUCUUUUGGUACCAGCAGCUUGGGAUCUCUAGGUUUGACUUCCUCAAGUAGCUUUGAUCUGUUGCAGAAGGAGGAUGAACUAGGUGCAACUAAGUAUGGAAAAUUGCCUAGUCUUCUGGAUAGAUCAUUGAAUCUUUUGCGCGAUUCUCAUAAUAAUAUGGGUGCUGGUGAAUCAACAAGCUCUGGAUUGAUGCCUGAUCCAAAUAAAGGGUUGAGUCUUUCCAAUUCAAAAGGGAAAGAAGUAGAAGGAAGUAGUCCAUCAAAGAAUAAGCUACCCCAUUGGCUCCGGGAAGCUGUAAGUGCUCCUUCAAAACCUCCAGAUCCUGAGCUGCCUCCCACAGUCUCUGCAAUUGCUCAAUCAGUUCGCUUGUUAUAUGGUGAAGAGAAGCCAACAAUUCCUCCAUUUGUGGCCCCAGGCCCACCUCCCUCCCUGCCAAAGGAUCCCCGACUUAACCUGAAAAAGAAGAAGCGCAGGUCACAUGUGCUCAGGCGGCUCUCAGGAGAUGUUGCUGGAACCAGCCGGAACUUUCAAAGCAGCCUCCAUGGUGAAAAUUUUGCAUCAAGCUCUGUUCCUUUGGCCCCACCAUUUCCUCUGCUUCCACAGAAUACUGCUGGAGCCUCAGGACUUCCAUGGAUUGAACCCAACCUCAAUCUGCCGCCUCUUAACCUAAAUAUGAUGAAUCCAUCAUCCUCAUCAUCGUUCUUAAAGCCCCAGAAGAAAAGCACUGGUUUGUCCCCUUCUCCUGAAGUGCUUCAGUUGGUAGCAUCCUGUGUUGCCCCAGGCCCCCAUAUACCUCCAGUUCCUGGCAUGCCAAGCUCAGGCUUCCUCGACAGCAAGCUCCCUUUGCCAAAAUUCAUCGACAGAGGUGAAUUUCCAGACUCAACAGGGGCAUCUGGAAAUCAGAAGGGUAAGCAAACCUCAACCCUCAGUGUGCACGCUCCACUGAACCAGGAGAGAAGAGAACAGAUUGAAAGUGGGGAUUCCAGCAGCAAAACCCAGUCGGACCCUUCUCGUGCUGAACAUCCAAAUGUGGAGGAAAUAUCAUCAGAGGGGACUGUCUCUGAUCAUCGGGUGAGUGACCAUGAACCAGAGCCAUAAUAUUGGAAAUAGAUUGAUGAAGUGCUUGCCAUUUUUUUACAUGCUACUAAACUUUCAGGCCAGUUAGGAUGUGCUCAAAUUUUUGUAGACAUGAUUUUAAGUGUUUAAGUAGCAAAAUAUAGGAUCAUUUUAGGACAUCUCUUGUGUAAAUUUUCUGUAAGAGAAAAGGAAACUACAUAAUGUUGCCUGUUUGGUAUUUGCUUCCCUUUUCAUCUCACCCACAUUCUAUGAGCCUUUUUCCCCUCCUUUUCUUCCUGCUGGAGACAGAUUCAUCAUUGUUACUCAAUGUAGGGUUGGAAUGGUGCCAUUUCAGCUCCCAGGAAACUCUUGACAGAUCUAUAUAUAUAUAUAUAUAUAUGAUCAACACAUAUUUGAUCACCUUUUUCUUUUGUUUA